AUCAGAGUGUUCAGUAAGAGAAACCACUUUUAUAAUAUCCAUAGGCAUACCUUGGAAUAUAGAGUGUCCCUAGCAAAGGGCAAACAAAGGUGAAGUAGUAGUGUAAUAAAGAAUACAGCUAUAGUUCCCCCUCUUCUCUCUGUCCUUACAUCUCUGUCCCUCUUGUCUACUUCUCAAAGCUUUUUAGAUAUCUGGGCUUUUUUUUUUUGCUUUCUCUGUUUCUAAUCUGGACCAUUACUGUUUCUUACAACUUCAUACCAGUAUCUCCUUGAAUCCUCAAUACCCCACUGACCUAAUCUUUAAAAUCCCAACAUCAACAAUGACUCAUCACAAAAAGCAAACCCAUUUCAUGCCCCUUUAAAGGACCUUCCACAUUCCUUAAAUUCAUACUUUAAUAUAGUUCCAGUUGAGUACAAGCAAAUUAAGAACAAAAAAAAUAGAAAGUAACUUUGAACUCUCAAGAGUUCUUCAAUCUCCAAGAUUCUGAUACUCCCCCCAAAAUGGAUGAGAGCAAUUAUUACUUCAUGAGGAGGAGUCAUGUUCCAGCAUUUGGUUGCUGGGACUGUAACGAUAAUGAAUUCCCAAUUCCUUUCACACAGUGCUUUGAAUCAGCUAGGCAAGCUGGUUUACUUCGAUAUAGCUACUAUGAAGACCGUGAUUUGUACGUCGCCGGCGAUCUUUACCAGAACGAUAUUGUCACUCCUACCAUGAUCGUCGUUCCUCGUCGUAAGAGAAAAGCAGUUGGAAAAGAAGGAAGAAAGGAUGCAUGGGACGAUUGUGAAUAUGAUGAUGUGAAAGAAGCAGCAAGUCCUGUAACUGUUCCACCAUCUCCACGUCCUUCACUUAAAAGGGCACCCAAGGCUGUAGAUGAAGAUCUCUACAAGAUUUCCCCAACCUUGCUCUACGCUAAGCCUAAAAGGAAAGGCUUCAAGGGAUUCUUUUCGAGCUGCCUGCGGCCAAUUUGUGUUUCUUAAAUCUGAUGGAGCUCCAAGCUAAUUACGAAGAAGAAAAGAACAUAUAGGAGGACUAGUGGUUUCAUAUUCAAUAUUAGUAGUCGAUGUCUAUAUUCUAAAGUUCGUAUAGAGACUUUGGAGUAUUUUCUUGGAUUUUCCCUAGUGAAAAGUGGCCAUUGGCAGACCAAGAAGAUAGUAUCCAUCAGUAACUUGUAAUAUGAUAAUGAAUAACCAAGAAGCUCGCCUUUUCUUCUCUGCUCUAUUUCCUGCCGUAUGUUUCUUUUUGGAAGUAUUUACAUCUUCCUACUGAACUUUUGUAAUGCUAUAAAGUAUCAAGAAGUGGAAGUAUUUUAAAUA